UCAGGGGUACUUUAACGUCUUGUAUGCUUUCCAGUAAAAAAUAUAUUCUUGUAUUAACUUACAAUUAGGGUACGGUAUGAGAAUUAUAUAUGUACAAAUGCUAUGCACAACGCACAUUCCAAGUUGAUUUUAUAAUCGGCAUUCUGUUCAUGCUAUUGAUUUUUGGAGCGCUGCAAAUGAUGUGAAUGGUGGUUGGUUGUAUAGUCUGGUGGUAUAGGCGUAGCUGGUAAGCAGGCGGAUUUGGAAAAAAUGUACGCGAUCUGUCCUGACGGGACAAGGUAGGGAGCAGAGGAGCAGCAUGGUGUCCUGGACAGGCUCUGGGGUGACGGGGAGCGACUGAAGCGACGAUGUCGUACAUCCAGCUGGAGCCCAUCAAUGAGGGCCUCCUGUCAAGACUGUCCAAUUUCUUCCUGUGCCGCUGGACGUGCUGGGCCUGCUUGCAGUCAUGCUGGGAGUGUAGCUGCUGCCAGCCCAGCGAUGAGGAGGUGGAGAUUCUGGGACCCUUCCCUGCACAGACCCCCUCGUGGCUGGUCAGCGACUCCAGCGGAGACAAGGAGGGGGACUCCGACGUGACGGCCAGCGACCCCCCCGCCACGCCCCAGGACAGCUCGCCGGACGGGCGCCGCUCCAGCUCGGACACCUCGCGCUCCACCUACAGCCUGGCCCACCGGCUGUCCAGUCUGGAGGUCCGCAGACCCAGCUCCCCACUGGUGGACAUCAAGCCCAUUGAGUUCUGGGCCAUCGGCUCCAAAAAGGAGGCAGUCCAGCCCUCCGUGCUGAGGAAGCCCUACGUGGCGGCCGAAGAUUACUUCCGCAAGUUUGAGCCGCGGCUGUACUCGGUGGACUCCAGCAGCGACGACAUGGACUCGCUGACCGACGACGAGAUCCUGUCCCGCUACCAGCUGGGCAUGCUGCACUUCAGCACGCAGUACGACCUGCUGCACAACCACCUGAGCGUGCGGGUGAUCGAGGCCCGCGACCUGCCCCCGCCCCUGGCCUGCGACGGCGCGCGGCAGGACAUGGCCCACUCCAACCCCUACGUCAAGAUGAGCCUGCUGCCCGACCAGAAGAACUCGCGGCAGACGGGCGUCAAGCGCAAGACGCAGAACCCCGUCUUCGAAGAGCGCUUCACCUUCGACCUGCCCUUCCUCGAGGCCCAGCGCCGCACCCUGCUGCUCUCCGUCGUCGACUUCGACAAGUUCUCCCGGCACUGCGUCAUCGGCAAGGUGGCCGUGCCCCUCAGCGAGGUCGACCUGGUCAAGGGCGGGCACUGGUGGAAGGCUCUGGUGCCAAGUGCGCAGAAUGAGGUAGAGCUGGGUGAGCUUCUUCUGUCUCUGAACCACCUGCCCAGUGCAGGAAGACUCAAUGUGGAAAUCAUCCGGGCCAAACAGCUGCUGCAAACAGACAUGAGCCAGGGCUCAGACCCCUUUGUAAAGGUCCAGCUUGUGAUGGGACUGAAGCUGGUGAAGACCAAGAAGACGGCUUGCAUGAGGGGCACAAUCGACCCCUUCUUCAACGAAUCCUUCAGCUUCCGCGUCACUCAGGAGGAGCUGCAGGACGUCAGCCUGGUCCUCACAGUGUACGGGCACAACAUGAAGAGCAGCAACGACUUCGUGGGGCGCAUCGUGAUCGGCCGCUUCUCCACGGGGCCCCCCGAGAGCAGCCACUGGCGCCGGCUCCUGAGCUCCCAGCGCACGCCCGUGGAGCAGUGGCACAGCCUGCGGUCCCGGGCCGAGUGCGACCGCGUCUCGCCCGCCUCCCUCGAGGUCACGUGACUGCUGCUGGGCCCCCCCCGGGAGGCAUGAGGGGCGGGGGGUGGGGGGUGGGGGGCUGCCGGGGUGGCCUUCUGGAAGAGAGAGAUGGAGCGUGGCCUGGGAGCAGGGGGGCCUUGUCUCCCAAGGGUUGGUCUCAAUCCCCAUGGUCUGCAGCGGCGUCUCUUCUCAGCGGCCAGCCACUGGAUUAUUACGACUCAUGUGGGAGGAGGCUGGAGGAGAUCAUCAGCUCAGUUAGCCACUCGCUGGGCUUGAAAGGCCUCCACUCGUGUGUCUCCUUACUUACUUCCUCACUCAAGCCGGGUUCCUUCCCUUCUCUUUGAGACAUCUUAACAGCGCUGUGCAGAUUCUUCUGACUGAGGUCCACCAUUCGUGGCUCUUUUCUAAAACCUGCAGCGCCUGCCGUCCCAGCUGUUGUAAAAUCUCAUGCACCCAGACCCUGGACAGCUCUGAGUUCUGCAGCGGCAGGAGGCCUGGCCUUUUAGCGUAGUGGAAUUCCCUCCUGUCUGGGGAGCAGCGCUCUGGGGCUCCAAAGCCGCAGAUGCUAAAGAGCAGAGAGCAGCUGUGUUGGAGUCCCAGGAGGGGCAGUGCUCCUGCUCACUCAUCAUGCACAGUGUUGUUGGGAGACCAGGAGCUGAGAGAGCUGAGUCUCUUAGCUGCUGCCCAUAUUUGUCCCAAGGUAAAGUGAGCAAUACACCCUCUGUUUUGUUCCACUGCAGUUCUGGAGGUUCUUUGCAGCUCUAGAAGUGACCCAUAGGCAGAGGGGAUUUUUUUUCCUGGUGACAUCAUUUUUUGCUUGCCCCUCAUCAGUCAGUUUUACUGCCCUGCUGCGGUGCAUCCUUCAGAAAGCAUCUAGUCUGCUGGUCUUGCUUUCACACAACAAGCUGACCCUUUUCUGUCCAGCAUGAGGCCACUCAAUCCCAAUGGCAUUCUGCCAUUUCUGUGCAACUCAUGGUUGGCUAAAGAGUCCAGUUUUCAGCCAGCAAUCUCUGGACUGUAGGUUUCACCUAAGCAAGUGCCAUUAUUAGCGAAUCUCCAGGUUCUGUUUUUUUGAACCAUCAAAAUCUGAAUUCCCCCCCCCCACACACACACACCUGGCUAGUAGCACUGGGGUGCUGGUCUUGAACAGGGGAGCCCCACUGAAUGUCAGGAAACAAAGUGCCACGAACUGCACACCAGGUCAUACUCAGCAGUGCUUUCCAGUCUCGUCUAAAAGAGAAAUCCCCCCUCCUCUGAGCGGUCUCUUCCUCGGGUGUUCGGAUUCGUCAGUCUGGAGAGUCAGCCACAGCUGUAUUGCGCCGCUGCACUGCAUGAGAAGUGCAUCUCCUUCUGAUGAAGCUAGCAGUCAGUGAUACGAGCCCCCUCCCCCACCCUCCCGCCCCCCCCAAAAAAAGAGAGAAGGUAAGGAGGUAAGGAGGUGCACCCGCGGGCACCGUUGAAUCCAGCCUGUCCCAGGGAAUCCAGUGGAAGCCAGGCUGCGCUGGGGAGUCUCUCUGUGGCAGUCCUGAAUGUGGGUGCGUCUGUGUGUCUGUCUGUCUAGAUCACCGUGCCAGUGAUCUCUGUGAGUUUGUCCUUGUGGCUGCAGUAUCGUCCAUCUGUGUGUGUUCUCUUUAGUAGCCCUGGGAACCACACGCCAGGCAGACCCCAGAGUUCCGUGAAGAAAUUAGUUUGUGCCUCAAAACUCUUCUAGUUUUAUGUAGCAUUUAUAUAUACAGUGCAGCCAAUGCACUCGUGCACUAUGCGUACUGUAUGUGUGUGUGUAAUUUAUUUUGUGCUGAUAUUUCUUCCCAGAUUCCUUUCCCACAGGACUUGAUAUAUCUGGACUUGUUGCGCAGUUUUUCCCUAAUCAGAAUCACCGCCAUUAGCACCAGUAUCACACUACAGAGGUCACAACUGCUAUCCGUGCUGGAGGUCACUGAUGGUUUCUGAUGCGGCGCGUUUCCCUUCGACUUGCGUGGUUGGAGGAGCGGCCUGAAACCCUGAACUGGACCUCUCAGUUUCGGCUGAUCCUGUCUAGAUUUUAUCCUCCCGUCUAGUCCCCCUUCACAAUGGCAGAAGGCAGGAUCCGCCCAGCAGCGGAGGCUUUGUGCUGAAGCCUGAUACUACUAGGACCCCUUCAGACCUCCUGAGAGGCUGAGGUGAUUAUCGCAACAAGAGCAUCGUGCGAAUCAUGUUACUGUGCCUGUUAUUUAUUUGCAUUUUUUUUUUUAUUUCAUCAUGGUAUAUACAGAAUAUAUAUAAAAAAAUACAACAGUGAUUUUAUUCUAAAUACAAGGAGUAUAUAUUGAACAAAUCGAUGUGAAUAAUGUUUGAUAUGUAAAAAAAUAAAAUAUAUACAUAAGACAAACAGUUCUGAGGACUUUGAGAUACCUUUGCUGAUGAGCUGUAUAUUCUAUAGAGUAUAUAUACAGUAUGCUAGAUGUGCUAUAAUGACUGACUGACCUUUUGGGACUGUGGGUCACUCCUUCUGGAGUUCCAAUGUAAUGUGAACAGUUUGUGCUUUGGGGAUAUCUUCAGGACUUGAGGACUGGUUACCUUGCUCUCCCUUAACUGAGCACGUCAGGGGCUGUUCCUGUUAGUUUGCAUGUCACUUUCUGGGCAGAUGAGGGUGUUUGUCUGGAGUCAAGCUUCAAGGUGGCUCUCCAUCACUGAGCAUGAACUGAACUACAGCCCCCACAAUGCCUUUCUGCUUCAGAAGCUCGUGUCUGUGCCAUAAACAAGAAAGAGGAGCUUCAGGAAUGGAGUGGGAUCCAGGAAUCAUCAGAGGCAGUGAAAGAAGGUCAGGAGUAUCCCUUUAAAACAUCCCUUCUCGUCUGUGUCCUGCAGACAGUGGGGAAUGUGUUGCAUUUGUUAGGAAACAGAGAUGUAAAUUGUAUUGUAUUGGAAUUGUGUCUUCUGUCAAACUGGCUUUGCAUUGUGUGUACUCUGAAUCACUCUGUUCAUCCCGAAGAAAUGAAUGUCAUUACUGUAGGCAAUAAAUGCUUGUCAUUCCUGAACUACCCAUUCUUUCAAACCCAAGACACUGUAGACAGAAACUCUUUCCUUGCUUGUGCUAUUUCUAGUUUAAAUUUUCCCAUAACUUUUCCUUUUUUCAAAGAGGGCGAAUUCUUUCUUUCAGGAAACUGCUGUUCACGUUAUUUAAAAAGACUUUGCACUUAAUGUUUAUGGGGACAUGGUCCUAUCCAGUGUCUUGGUUAUAUGCACAUGAACUGCACGACUGGCAGUCGUGAUCUUAAUUAGCACUGGGAUUUUUAUUCUCCUAUGAAGACUUAAAAUUAGGGUUGUGGACAGGGCACUUUUCAGCGGCUGGUGACGUCGCUGUGAUUGGUAUCUGGAGAAAAGGAGAUUUCUUGGCUUCGUGUUGGGAAGUUCUCUUGUCUUAUUCUCCUGCGCCACAUGGCAUCAACGGUGACAAUUAAGCCUGUGCUCUUGUGACCUCAUCAAUGUCAUCUACUGUAAGCAGUGUGAGUGGACUGCAUAUGGAUCCCAUAGCAGGGAGCCCGUGGAGGGCGUCUGUGUCAUAAGACACUAGUUCUCCCUUACUCUGGAGUUGUGGGUGCGAAUACUUGAAAGUCCGAACUGUGUCCUUCUGCACUUGUCACUGUUGUCCACAACUUCAGCAGGCUGUGUGCGUCUGCUGCCAUUGUUGCCACGGUUACGCAGUUCUGCCUGGGAGGGAGAGACUGCUGCUGUGCUUCUGAGCCCCUCGGACAAGUCGCGCGGUUCACUGGAAAUGCAAAACGCAAAGAGCUUGCAGAAAUCGGGGUCCCUGCCUAUGGAGGGCUGCAGGAAAUACCAUUCUUCUGCAAGAGCAUUCAAACAUUUGCAACAUCAACACAUUGUAGAACACAUUGAAUGCAUAUAAGGCGGUAUGUGUGUCUUGUGUUAGGACUUUAGAAACGUGCUUUGAUUAGGGAUUUGUCCAUUUUCAGGUGUUGUGCUGAUUCUCUGUCUUGAUAAAAGAUGUAAGGCAAGCACACCAUGGAGAAGCUAGUAACCAGCGCUUAAAGUCCAGUCUUUUUGUGCCACUAAGCUGUGGAAGAAAUGACAACAUCCAGACCUUCUCAGUUCUAUGCCAAUUGUAUGACGGGGAAAUUGAGACAAAGGCAAAAAUCCAGACGUUUCUGUUAUAAGCUUGUACUCUGAAAGCAGCAGUCUUCUUCCAGGUGUGGUGCUUAGGGGUGCUUGUGCUGACCUGUGGAUCUCUCCUACUUGUUCAUUCUGAACAAUUCCCAGGUGAGACAUGACUCAUUGUGUUGUGUUGUGUUAUAAUUGCACUCAGAAUGAUUGUCACAGCCAUUACAGGUCUGGCAAGUGGACUAGAUCAUUUGUCUUGUCUGUUCCUAGGUCAGAGGCUUCUGUGCAUCUUCACAGCAUAUUGUCUGUUAUCUAAAGUGUGUAUUUAUUGACAAUAAAAAAUACAUAUAUACUGGUGCCACGUACGCAUAAAUGGAGUUAGACGAGUACUGCAAGUGUGUUUGUGUGUCUGUAUCCUUGUCAACAGAAGAUAAACACGGAAGUUUUUUAAAAAAAACUUGGUUUCCAAGCUGUGUGUUUUUAAUAGAUGUUUUAUUAGAUAACACGAAUGUAAGCUGUAAUCAAUCUCUCACUUAUUACCCCAGGCUCGGCGGUGUGGGGCUGCAGGACUUUUCAAGGGGCUGUGUUCUUUAAUUCUCUUUCUCACAUUCCAGUACUUUCCCAUGUCAGUCUGUCCCUGUAGCAGGAGUGGAGGGAAGGAGUUCUAAGGUGUUGCGAUUCUGGGUCAGGUACCGCCAGUCUUAACACAAUGUGGGGAAAUUUCGUACUGCCUGUGCCUUUGGAAUCCAGUCUAGAGCCACUUGCCUUUCGGUUGAGGGUGGGUCUGUCGCGCUGUGCGUGGCUGGGGUACAGCUGCCCGUCACACCGUUAAUUGCUUUGAGUUGCAGGUUUUUUCUUUUU